UGCGCAGCGGAGCAUGUGUUCAGCCAGAGUGGCUGUGGUUCUCAGGCCCUACGCCGGAAUGCGGGAGACCCCGACCAUGGCUGUUCCAGAGAGGCAUGUCAUAAAGGUUCUGUUUAUCUCCCCGGAAGCUGAAACACUUUCCUAACUGGCUGGAUUUGCUGGUUUCUCGGAGAGGGUCUACUGCUCCCCGCCCUCUCCCCCGAAAAAUUAUCCCGCCUCCCGAGUCUGUGACUCAUCACCAGCAGCCAUGAACGGGCUUUCGGUCAGCGAACUCUGUUGUCUCUUCUGUUGCCCGCCCUGCCCCGGCCGGAUCGCUGCCAAGUUAGCUUUCUUGCCGCCGGAGCCCACCUACGCAGUGGUCCCGGAACCGGAACCGUCCGGCAGUUCCAGCAGCAGCUCCCUGCGGAGUAGCGCCAUGACCCGAUGGAAGCUCCACUUAACGGACCGGGCAGAUUUUCAGUAUAACCAGCGGGAUCUGGACACCAUUGAGGUGUUCCUGACCAAGAGCAACCGCGGGAACCGGGUCAGCUGCAUGUACGUCCGCUGUGUCCCUGGUGCCAGGUUCACGGUUCUGUUCUCCCAUGGCAACGCCGUCGACUUGGGCCAGAUGUGCAGCUUCUACAUCAGCCUGGGGACCCGCAUCAGCUGCAACAUCUUCUCCUACGACUACUCCGGAUAUGGGGUCAGCACGGGGAAGCCCUCGGAGAAGAACCUCUAUGCCGACGUCGACGCAGCCUGGCAAGCCCUCCGCACCCGAUAUGGGAUCAGCCCGGAGAACAUCAUCCUGUACGGGCAGAGCAUUGGUACCGUGCCCACGGUGGACCUUGCCUCUCGCUACGAGUGCGCCGCCGUCAUCUUGCAUUCGCCCCUGACCUCCGGCAUGCGUGUCGCCUUCCCGGAAACCAAGAAGACAUAUUGCUUUGAUGCUUUCCCGAACAUCGACAAAGUGUCCCGCAUCACGUCCCCCGUCCUCUUCAUCCACGGCACGGAAGACGAGGUGAUCGACUUCUCGCACGGCCUGGCCCUCUACGAGCGCUGCCCCAAAGCCGUCGAGCCGCUGUGGGUGGAAGGGGCCGGGCACAACGAUAUCGAACUCUACAGCCAGUACCUGGAACGCCUCCGCAAGUUCAUUUCCCAAGAUCUGGCUGGCCAGCAUAACUGAGACCCUCGUUGGCGCCCCUUCCCUCUGGUGUCCACCCCCGUGCUCUUCGGCGGGGAAGCAGGGGGACGUCUGCGACUCCGAAAAGCAGGACGUCGCCCGCGCCGCAAGUUCCACAUGCCUCCCGUCAAAGCGGGACCGGCCCCUGGGCCCUUUGAGACGGGCUCGUUGUCUGUGCGGACCCCGGGUCUCCACCAGCGGUGUCUUGUCGUCAGACGACGGCCCCAGCGAUUCUUCGCUCCACGACGCCAUCUUUGACGACAACAUCUCUCUCUGUGAAAACGCGCCGAGUGUGGGGGCCCUCCGUUCACCCCCCGUCCCUUGGCUUCAGACUGCAAGAGACUGGCUUCCUGCCGACAUUUCUUUUGUUCUUCUUUAUUUUUUUUUAAAUUACCAUGUCCGCUGGGACUGCACUGUGUUUUUGGCCCCCGCGACACCAUCCCGUUCGAAACUCUCGAUUCCCCCCUGCGCCAAGCGAUAGCAAUAAGCCAUUGGGGGUGGGAGAGGAGAGGGGAGGGUCUGGGUGGCCCCGAUGCUGCCUCCUGGGAACGCGAUGCCUUGCAUGACGGGCAUCCUCGGGCAUCCAGGACACACACACACCCCCCCCAAGCAGGGGAGGAAAACUAAGUCUAAGCUCCCUGGAGAGGGCGGGAACAGUGGUAGAGGAGCCGGAUUAGAGACAAGUCGCCGUCUGGACCCUGCCGCAGCAACCGAGCCACUGAUCCACAGAAGCCAGCACUGAACAGGGGUGGGUGGGGGCCGCGGGGGAACACCAGACACGGGGGAACGGAUCCAGUUGCCACCUCCUGGAUUCCCCCGUUUUAGCCCCUCCCACACACACACUCUGUCCAAAAGCUCCCCCCAUGUUCGGGUCAUGCUUCCCUUGAUUCCAGGUAUGCAGACGGAGGGGUAUGAAGCCUCCGACCCAUUCAUUUUGGAAACUACAUGGAAUAAAACGUUUUAAAGGUCUGGACUGCUUU